UUGCGCAGUGUUGACCUCCGGUCUAUAGCCUCCGGUUCUGGCGGUCUCCUGGGCAACCUUCGAGAUGAGGAGACUCGGUCGUUGACGAGUCGAGUCGGCCUGACCGUUCAACCGACGCCACGGGGACUGGCUGCCACGCUUCCGGCGGCCUCUUCACGUUGUCCGCGGCCCCGGCAACAGAACCCACCGCGUCAACACGUACUCUCGAGCCAACGACAGCAGCAGCAGCAACAACAACAACACAUUCAGGCUGGCCAGAUGAGCUCAGCAGUUUCGAUGCAGCCGAGCUCCGGUCACGACGCCGGAGAGGCUUCGGAGCUAGCCGAUGAAUGGCAGGCGAUACGCGGCUCUUCUUCGAUGUUUGCCGGUUCGGGUGAGUGGCUGCAAAGAGGACAUUUGCUCUUCGUCGGCAUGACUACGAGGGUCAGGCCUUGGCAACGCGUCCUUGGCCCUUCCCGUUCUGAGGCUGCGGCCGUAGCAACAGUGAUAAAGUAA